AUGAAGUCAGCCACUGCCAUCGUCAUCCUGGGCGUGUGUUUCGUUGCUGUUGCCUCAGGCCGCAGCUUGCAGGAGGCACCUGCGCAGGCGCCAGCAGCACCGGCAGACGCCAUCGUCUCCAUCCUGGAUGCCUCUGGAGCAGCCACCGCUGCAGUACCGGUGCUUGAUGCCUCCAUCCUCAAGGUGGCGGUCGAUGGAGUGACUGUGGUGAAGCCGGAUGGGCAGGCUCAGGCGGUGCUGGGCCUGACAAAUGGCAACAGCACCAUCUGGGUGCAGCCUUUCUCUGCCCAUUCCAAGGGCUUCAUCACCAUCUCUCAGGCUACUGGCCCCAACAUCAAGGUGUCUCUUGGCCGGGCACCGGCCGGCUCUGCAGUGCCCGGCGCAGUCAACGAUCUGAUGUCUUCUGAGGUGACAGACUACAGGCUGAUCGGGCGCUAG